CUCAGACUUAUUUCCUGGAAAAAAACAUGAGAACUGUUCGAAUCGAUCCUCUCACAAACGGUCAAUAUGUUUCGGAAUACCUGUCACAGUUUAGAGGAUACUUUACGGAAUCGGAAUUUAAGACUUGCAUCGAUGCGUUGAAUAAACCUUUUAAAGCAUACAAGAGGAAAAUUGUAUCGAUGUGGUCCAUAAUACUGUUAUCGUUUAUUACUUGUUACGUUAUUCUUGGCAUCUUUACAAAAGCUGCGGAAGGUUUAGACUUUUUCCUCUGGUUUUGUCUGGUCUUUACGGGAUGGAUGCUUGUUCCUAUCCCUUUAAUUUUUUUUAACUUGAAAUGGAUCAGACAGAGAGAGCAUGAAAGGGCUCAAAUCAUCGAUAGUUUUGAUGUCUCUGAUCGACCCAAAGGCAUUUCGUGGAUAUAUACGAAAGAAAUAUACUCAUUCGCUGCUCGUCGACAGUCAAACUUGGUCAUCGAGUUGCCUGAGGGUUCUUCUAUUCGUUACGAUUUUAAAUGUUAA